AUGAACUUCAGCAAAGACAGCAACCCGAUGAAUGCGGCGCCAAAGGAAUUGCCACAGGAGAAAGGAGGACACGGCGGUGCUGACACGAAGGAAACAGCAGCCCACGCGAGGACUGAGCAAGGAAAGGCGGCGGCAAGCAAUGACAGUCAGUUCCUUCACGUACAGCAGGUGCUGCAUGACCGUCGUGGGCACUCUCAGGAAGCGCCCAUACUGAUUCUGCAGGGCAACCAGAUCAUCAAAGUGGGCCCGUCGCUGGCCGACCCGACGCUGGUCCCGCAGCUGGUGCCCGCUAACAAGCUGGAGUUCUCCAACAAGACCGCCUCUGGUUCACUGACCAAGGAGGGCGAGUCGACGAAGAGAAGCCUGGCUAGAGCUCACGAGAAGUGCAACGGCGUCACCGAUGCCCACUCGGUGAUGGUCGUCAAUGAGGGCGAGUCGCGACCUUCGCACAGCGGCACUAUUCAAGGGAAGAGUGUUCCAGUGGUGAAAUCAAAAUCGAAAAGUGUUCGCAACUCUAAGCACCACUCGCCCUCCUCUUCAAGCCCGAACCGUUCGCCGAGUGGAGGUCACGAGAACAAAAAGCCGAAAAGUGCUUCCUCAAAGAGCUCCUCCUCGAAGGUGAUCAGCAGCAGUCGAACCACGUCCUGCAGCAGUGACGGCAAGAGCAACACUAGAGAAGGCAAUGUUGAGAAGACUAAAUCAAAGUCGAAAAGUCCACGAAAGAAGAAAAAACCAACGUCGUCAAAGUUGGUCAAAAGCAGUGAGCAGAUGAGCAAGUCAAAGAGUAAAUCGGACAAGCACCGCCAGACAUCGAGCACCAACUCGGAGAUGAAAAAAUCCGGUCAACUGAAGUUGGUGAAGAUAAAGACAAAGUCUUCGAGCGGAAAGGCAAAUGCGAACAUGAAGAAUCUGAAAAACGCUGAGUCGGCCAGUUCGAGUGCCAGUUCAACUGAGUCAAGUAACUUCAAGUCGCACAAGUUGCACAGCCACAAGAAGGGCAAGUAA